AUGUCUCUAAACGCUCUGGUUCGGCUCCCGCUGUCCUCCUCUGGCGCGAGGAGGACACAGUUGGAUGACGCCUUGAUGGGUCGGUGUGUGCGGCAGCAACAGCAGCCGCAGAGAAGGCAGCAGACCAUGGUGGUCGAGGCCAAGGGGAAGAAGGCCAUGCCCCGCCAAUUCCAGCGGCAGGCGCCCCCGCCCUUGCCCAAGAUCGAGGACGACGGCAACCCUCGCUUCGUUAUCUUCAUCCGGACUGCUAAUGUCAGUUCCGUCUUCCUUGCUACUCUUUCUUCCAUUUCGGGCAUGUUGCCGCUUCAUACUUCCCUUUCUAUUUCGUUAUCGUCUUUCCGCUCUCCAAUCCUCCAUUGAAUGACUACUCGUGAAAUCCGCGAUCGCUGUAGAUUCUUUCUUUUCUAAAAAUCUUAUUAUUUCUCAGCUUUGACAUCUGCUUAGAGAGGUGAAGAGAAGAAUAACUUGAAUUUAUGGGAGUCUAGGAACUUUCUUCUUGCUCUGAUGAGUAUAGCUUGAUAGCAAUUGUGGGCACCUUCCUUUGCUAAAUUUUAGAAUCUCUGAUUUUAAAUAGGUCCGUCCAUUUAGCUACUGACUUUUCUGCUCCUUGCCCUGUUGUUCACACGCAGCAACAUUCAAUCAGAAGUCAAGCCACGGCCUGAUUAUUGAAAAUUUGGCCCGUGUGACUUAUUUGAAAACUCAGAUAAGUUCUAUGUUAGGGAAUGGAUUAUAACGCAAACUUUUACCUUGGACCCUUCACGUAGUCAGCUUAGUCCUUGAAAUUUUUCUAUAUCCGUUGUUGAGAUUGAGCAAUUAGAUAAACCUGCACCAAAAUGGUUUUUCCUCUUGUUUUCUUUUAUAAUUUUCAGGACCUUAACGUCUUUGUUUAAAAAAAUUAAUUUUAAUUUAUAGGGAAAAGUCUGUUAUCUCUUAACUGGUUUUUUCUUGGUUUUGUGCAUGUUGUAAAUUAUGCAGAUAUAUUUAUGGUACCCACUAAGUGUUGUAACUGGGGGUACCACUGCAAAGAUUAUGGUUGCUGCGAAGGAUAAUUUUCUUGGAAAGUACAUUUACAAAGAUACAAUUGCCAGGAAUCUUGCUGCUGUAAUUUAUCGAGUAAGACAUUUAUUCAUAUUCUCUCUUUUCUUUUUUCUCGUAUUUUAGUCGCUAUAAUUUCUUUUUUUAUACGAUACGGGUAUUUAGCUUAAUUACAUCUAUUUCUCAAUAGGUACAGAAUAUAUAUAACAUUUUGAUUUUUCGAUAUUCAAUUGACGUUGUGACAUCUAUUAAAACAAUAAUCACAUAAACUUGGUAUUUCUGGAAAUAGGAUAUUUUAUACUUUUUCCGCAACAUAGCUAUGAUGCAGCAUCUUGAUGUAUGAAACAUGUCCCUUGAUCAUUUAAUAAGCAAGGGUUUCCAAAGGAUGUAAUUGCAGUACUUAAAUUCUAGAGUUGGCGUCCUUUGUUUACUUUCAUAGAGCCUCUCCUUCAGAUCACUCUAUCAAUGGAUGGGCUCUUUUCAAAGUGUUGACCUCUUGGUUUCUUUCAUGGAACCUCUGUGGAGAGAAAAUAUACUAAGAAUUAAGUUUGCUAGAAAUGGAAAACUAUAUCUUCAUGGAUGCAAGUCCAGAGGUCUUUCCCACAGCAAUGAAAUGCUUAAAGACACUAGAACAAGGAGCAUAUAUUUGAAAUGAUCAAUCUCCUCGGCUGUUUUUAUGGUCUAUUAAUGCUGAGAUUAGAAAUGUGUCCUGCUUCUGUUGUUUCGAAAACAAGGUCUCUAGCUGGUGAAACCUUUAUAGAGCUUGAUGAGUGGUCUGGGAUUGUGUGAUCCGGAUUCCAAUUCCAACGAAUAUGAAAUGCCAACUUACACACAGAAAAAAGUGCCAGCAAAAUGGUGAUCUGUUCAUUACUCAUGAUAGUGACUGUUCUGAAAGUCAGAUUUUUCGGAAGCAGCUAGCAAUAACCCGUGUCUAUAGCGGUCCCAAGGCUAAACCUGGGCGGGUCUGAGCCCAGGUCUUGGUCAGAUCUCUUUGUUCCUUUGGCUAGGGCUCAUGUUAUCAAGAAAGAACCCUACAUCUCUUGAGAACAUCACCCAUCUGUCUUGUAUCCUGAUAUAUGUUCCUCAGUGACUCAACAGAAGAUUUCACGGCAAGAAUUUAUCCUGAGGACUUGCUCAAGGGGGUUGAACUGCCUUUGUUACAGGUGCAGGUUCUCCUGAGCCAUGAAACAUAGCUGUCGCCCCCAGAUUGAGUCCUGAGUAUUCAGGGGGUCAACUGCUGCCCACGGCCAAGAGAUGCAACAGCUGAGUGUAACCCAGGCUUCCGAGUUGUAGUGAUGGCACUGUAUCGUCUUCCUCCCUCUGAGCACAACGGGGGAAAGUGUGGAAACCUCUUGAGACACGUUGUGUGGGAUUCUUCUUCAUUCUUGAAGAGCAGAAAACCAGAAACACCAAUGGUGAUUUAUGGGUUGCUCACUGUCAUCGUGGCACCUUCUUGGUUCCCAAGGGCUUCCUGGGUGACUGUCUGUGAUGAAGCAUUUCUUCUCCGUUUAUGGAUCGGACUGGCUGAUAUGCCUAGCUAGCCAGGUUGCUAUCCUGCCAGAUGUGGGUAGUAAACCUGUGUAAGGGGCAAGCACAAGGCCGUGCAAGUAACAUGACACAUGAGAAGGCCACCGAUAUUGGCAUAGUAGGGGACUUCUAGGAGCUGCAGUGCCCAUGGACUCCAUCUUAUGGAGCAUUCACCAAAGUGGUGUCUCAGAGAAGUCCAAUGCUAGAGAAAAGUCUGCAAAUUAAUACAAAAAAUGUAAAGACUCUUUCCUAUGAAUCAAGAAUGUGCUUAGAAGGAGAUGGUAGAUUGUAGAUGUCAAAAGCAGGUGAAUGUCCCUUCCCUAGGUACUAUAAAUGUGACUCUUUUGGAGCUGUAUACAGAAAAAAGGUUAUGUUUCAACUUUAUUAUGCGAUUGACUUGUUCGGAUAUCAAGAGAAUCCUGUGGGUAGAGCACAAAUUGAGGCACAAGGAGAACGAUCUUACUUUAUUUGGUCAUCUUAAAUAUAGAUGGGCAUCUUUAACUCAGAGAGGCAUUUUGCCUACACAAAUCAGAAUAGACAAGAUUAGCAUCGAAGAAUACCUGGAUGGUGUCAGAGAGACCAGACAUAGAGGGCCAAUAUCCGAAAAUUUGGCUCUAAAGAGGAACUAUUGAAGGUGUAAGAUUGAAAUUUCUGAUUGCAGGUAAUGCGUAAUUGACCUCUUAUAUUGCUUUUUUAGAAUCUGAUCCCUUAGGAUGGAUUGAGACUGUCUGUGUGCUUUUGUGCGUGUGUGAAAGAAAUGGGGGUAUACUUAAUUGUUGCUUUUUGCCACAAAUGAAAGGUAUACUCAAAUAAAAGUAUGGUUGCAUAAUUACAAUAGAUUUAUCACUUGUCAUCUCACCUCAUUACGAAUCUGGGAUAUUUUCACAGGGUAGCCCAUCAUUGCCAUUAGCACCUGCCUGCUUAUGACAUGACAAAUGGCAGGCUUUCAACAGGCUGACAGCUUUCCUGAAACCUAUUCCGGUCGUUUUAUUUUUCACGUAACUUUUCCCGUGAUUAUGAGGCUUUAAGACUGUUAUGUGAUGUCGCAUAGUGAACUUUUCGUCCCCAUUAAACUCAUAUAUUUUUCGCAGUAAGUUUGUAAGAAUGAUUUUGUUUAUAUUUUUCAAGUCUCUUUCAUCCAGCAGUUGGAGCUCUGAUCUCAUGAAUUACUGACUGACUUCAUCAGGUGGUCUAAUUUAAACAGGAUGAAAAAGCAUUGCAAAAGACAGCAUUUAAGCAGUUUCGUGUGCUUCGCACAGCCACGUCAUUCAGAUAUGGCUACAAGCUUGUUGUAUUUCUCUUGGCCUUACACUUCUCUACAGCACUAUAUGUUUGAAAGAGUUAUAUAAAUAUUUUCUAGUGAAUUCUACAGGAAAAUAACAACCUUAGAGCUGCACUUUCGACAUCAGAUGUCAUUGAAGUAAAGCCUUUUCUACCUUCCAUUUGAGCUAAUUUAUGUUUUCUUCCUAGGGUUUAUGUACCUGAGAUAUAAUAUUUCUUUCUAAAAUUGACGCCAUGUAAUAUUAUCUGACGUGCGUUUGUGGGCAGUAUAUCGGAUUUUUCAUCACAUCUUGAGUUGCUUCAUUGCUUCUAGGAGUAUGAAGCGUGGCAUGUAAGAAAUUUUUUGUAGAUAAUUCAAAACAUCAAAGUCAACGUGGUGUACCUUAGUAACUCUGGUGACGAUUCUUUGGGCGGGCUAAAAUUAAAUGAGAAAAAGUGUUGACUUGUCCCAAGUAGCAAUAUGAAUGGAAUGGGAGACACAAAAAAGGGCAAGACCUUAGGGAUCCCAGUGCAUCCAGAUGUCUGGAUUUGAUUCUUAUAAUACAAUCAACAUCAGAUAUACUGCUCAACACUAUGUGUUCUAAGGCCCAUGAAAAUCAUCAUCAAUAAACCUAUUCUCCCAUUUUUGUAUGAUUAAAAUUGGGUGUCUACUUUGCAGAAUCGCUUUGAUGUUCCUUAAUAAUCAUAUUUAAAUGCAGAAAGAAUAACUCCUUUUCCCAUGAUCGACUGAAGCUUUUGUACUUUACAUCAUUGACACCCUACGUUAAUAUUUACUAUUCAUUUGACCCCUUUUCUACUUGGUGGCUUAUUGAUUUCAAAGUUUAUAUUGUUGUCAUCCUCUUCCCGAGUAUAUCUACUUUGCUGAAGACGUGCCAUAUCCUCUUCUCCACAUAUCUGCCUUCUUGAUCUAUUUCCCCCUAUAUCCCUAAGUGCCCCUAAAUUUCAAAUAAUGAGAGAAAUUGACCAGCUCUUCGCAUGCUUUUGUCACAAAGCUUGCACAAUUUAUGGGCAAACGCCUUGGUUGAUUUCAGUGUAAAAAUGCCAUGAUUAGUGUCACUGUAUCAGAAAGUUCCCUCCCCUAUGAGUUGAUUCUGGUUGAUCUAGUUUGGGAUUAGAAUUGACGCUGUGUCAUGCAUCUUGCUGAUAUUAUUUUUAAUUCCUUGGCUCAGAGAGCAUCUCUAGAUUGGCCAUAUUAUGGAGAACACUGACAAGUAGUAUCACGAGUAGGGUCUUUUGGAUCGUCUUUUGGCCCCUUAAGCAUAGUUAGUGGGUUUUCCAAAUGCUUUUAGGAAUAUUGGGUCUUAUUUGAUUCUUUUAAAAAAAUGUUAGCAAUAUUUAAUAUUACUCAUAUUUUUGCGAUGAAUCAAACUCAAUGAUAUCUUGUCUGACUUAUUGAGAACAAGUUCGCCAUAUCUUUGCAAACAGGUUACUGUAGGACUUAGGAGUGCAUAAAUAAGGGAUUAGUCAUCAUAAGUGUAGAUUUUUAAUGUGGAAAAUGUUCGGAGAUUUGCUUCCUAGGCUGCUUCCCCCCCUAACAAAAUCUCCUUUAUCAGUUGCUUCAGUUCAUCAUCUCAAUCCUCUAUAUAUUAGUGUUCAUACAACAUUGAGAAAUCUCAAAAAUAUCGAAUUCAUUGCCCCAACUCUACUUGGCUCAAAUUUCAUUUCAUAAAAAAACUUGCAAAGGCUCUAGUGUGAAUUGGUCUUUCCAUAAUUAUGAGAUUUGCUAAAUUAUGUGGAGAAUGGUUUGUUGCGAAUCCAAAGAGCUGCAUGAAUUCGUUGGAUUAUCAACUUAUCUUGUAUUUUGUUUGCUGUAGUUGUCACUUCAACAGUAGGGACAAUCUUCAAUCUUUGAAGGAGAAUCCCGGUCUCCCUUAAAAUUUCUUCAAAAAUAAAGCUUAACUGAUACCAUUUAGAUCGACAAUACAUUGGCUGGGCCACCCCCUUGAAAAGUAUGUUAGUCUUGCCUUUUGUAGAAAGAGAAGAAGAAGCUAAGAGAAUGCCGCCUACAAUUAGCAUUUUUAUACUUUUUUAUUUUUUUUUCCAGAGUAACAAGUUGGUGAUCGUGUGCAAUGUUUAAUAUUUUAUCAGAUCUCAUAGAUGAAUGGUCCAUCAAAGUCAAUGACAAAGGUAGGUGGAUAGAUCCAAUUGGCAAUGUCCCUAUUGUCUAGCAUCGGGGCUUUUUUCUCACUCAAUUGUGCAGUCUACUGGUGGGAAAUGAAUCAAGGGCUAUUUCAUGUGGCUAGCUUUUUUUUUUCCUAUAAAUUUGGUUUCCAUAAGUGAAUUUUCAGCAUUUUCCCUGUCUCCUGAAAAGUUGUAAAUUAAUGCUCUCAUGGCUACUGUGUUGUUGACAAGGUUUAUAUUCACAAGACCUGGUUGUGCAUUAAUGACAUGAUUCAGGCAUUCUUGCGUUUAAUAUGUCAUCUCUAAUCAUACUGCUGUCUUUUGAGAUUUUUUUUGUUGUUAUUCUCCUAUCUUUGGUGUUAUAAUUUCCUGAUUUGAGACUAAGCCCCUGCUAUUUUUCAACAUUUGUAACCUUUUCAGCUCCCGAAAGAGGAAGAGCUCAAAACUGUGUUUGACAAAGUGAAAGAUUUCUUUGGGGAUGCAGGCAAGAAUGCCAAAGAGUCAUUUGGAAAUAUCACAUCCCUUUCUUCGGAAUCUGAGGCAUCAGAGCUGAAUUCCGAGUCAAAAGGCUGA